CUCGGCGCCCGCCCGAACUAUUCAAGUUGACAACAAAAGACAUUUUACCGCAAAAGCGAAGUUUUUGUGACGAAAAUUCCAUGAGACAUCCGAGUUUUUUCGCAUUUUAUCUCUGGGAGUGAGUCGACUACGCGUUUCCAAGCAUUGGUUCGGUCUGAAUUAUGAAGAGACGAAACUAUGAGAUCGGUAAGAUGAGAAGACCCAUGAAAAGGAACAAAAUCACCGAAGGGAUUUACGGAAGCACUAUCCUUUACCUCAGGUUCCUCGUCGUCUGGGCGAUGGUGAUUCUGGCCGAUUUCAUCCUGGAGUUCCGAUUCGAGUUCCUGUGGCCGUUCUACUUGCUGCUGCGCUCGGUUUAUGACUCCUUCAAGUACCAGGGUCUGGCCUUCUCCAUAUUCUUCGUGUGUAUAGCGCUCACGUCGGAUAUGCUGUGCUUCUUCUUCAUCCCGGUCCAUUGGCUCUUUUUCGCCGCCAGCACCUACGUGUGGGUCCAGUACGUCUGGCACACAGACAAGGGCAUUUGUGCGCCUACUAUAAUCCUGUGGGUGCUUUUCGUGUACCUGGAAGCGGCUGUGAGGUUACGGGACGUCAAACACAUGCCCGGACACCUGGACCUGUGUAGGCCCUUCGCCGCGCACUGUAUAGGCUACCCCGUCGUUACCCUAGGAUUUGGGUUUAAAUCAUAUGUAGGAUACAGGAUGCGGCAACGACGACAGCGCGACGUCGCGAAAGAGAACGAGUUCUACAUGCAGCUGAUGCAGCAAGCGCUGCCGCUGGACGCGGUGGCGCCGCCUCCCGCCGCCCAGCAGCCGCCCCCGGAGCAGCCAGCCUCCACAGCCAUCGUACCUGCCCCCGUACAAAACGCCAAAGUGCACAGCCACAGCAGCGGCGGCAAGCUGCACCAACACCCCCACCCCCACCACCCGGACAGGAACGGGCACGUGCCGAACGGGACGAUAGCCAACGGCGUGCACCCGACGUCGCGGGCGCACCACAGGAAGUCAGUGGACAAGUGUAGGGAGCACGAGGACGCGCACAGACACGCAGACAGACAGCGACAGAGCGCGCACGCGCACACGAACGGCGCGGCGGUGGGAGCCGGCGCCGAGGAGGCGGCGCAAGAACACGAACAGCGGGCGGCGGCGGCGGCGCGGCGGAGGGAGAAGAAGGAGCAGGACAAGGAGCGGGAGGCGGCGGAGUACCUGCAGAAGCUCGAGGCCGACGCGAAGAGGCUGAGGGCGGAUCUGCAGAGCAGCAGGGCGAGCGAGCAGGAGCUGAGGUUGCAGGUCGCCGCGCUCACGACAAGCGAAAAAGUGAUCAAAGGCGAGCUGUCAACGAUGCAGCGCGAGAUCGAAGACCUACAACAGAGGUACCAAAGCGCGAUCAGUUCUCGUGCUUCCGACAAACAGACUAUCAGCAACCUGGAACGAAGAGUAGCCGAAGAAAGACGAACGCGAUGUAACCUAGAAUCGCAAUUAAACCAAGAACGCAAAAGCAGAAAACAAGAGGAGGCCAGAGCGGCACAAGUAAGAAUCCAAAUGCGAAAACAGAGGGCGCUAGUGAAAGCUGUGGUGGCGCAGUCGUCGCGCGGCGAGUGCACGGAGGCGUGCCGCUCCCGGCGGCGCGAGCUCGAAACCGAGCUGGGGGAGUGCCGCGCCGCCAAGCACUGGGCCGAGGAGCGGUACGCCGCCCUCGAGCGCGAGAACGCCGCCCUCCUGGACCAGCUCCGCGACAUGGACAUACUCAUGACAGCCCUUUCGGCCAUGCAGGAGAAGAACGCCCACCUGGAGAACUCGCUGUCGGCCGAGACGCGGAUCAAGCUCGACCUGUUCAGCGCGCUGGGGGAGGCGAAGCGCCAGCUGGAGAUCCGAGAAAGCUCGAACCGGACGCAGGAGCGCGAGAUCGAGGAGCUGAAGAGCAAGAUCGCGCAAGUGCUGGCCGUCAUGCCGAACGACAGUUUCGGGGGCCCGGCGCCCUCCAGUAACAUGUCGCGGGUGCGCCUGGCCGAGAGCCCCCCCGGAUCGACCCUGGACCCGAACGCCACGGCCUACACGCCCAAGAGCUCCCUGGUGGCCUCCACGGAGGCCUAGACCGACUCCGUACUGAUCCCGGUAUAGACUGCUACUGAUUUGUUGCGUUGAGGCGCGGAUUUCGUAAUAGUCUCGUUUAGUAGCUUAUUUAAUGUGAUAUAAUUUAUGAGCGGUACCUUGUCGAGGCAAGCCCUUCGUUUUUGUUGGUUUAGUUAAGCGUAAAGGUACUGAGUUUUCUGACAGUUGGUCGCGAUCGGCUGUUGAUCUCUGUUUUGGUUUUUGUCCUUCCUGUCGAACCUGAGCUCUCGAGUGCCGUUUUGUUUGGUUCGCUGUAACCUACUAACAAGAAUACGAGUUUCUUUUCGGAAGUGCCGUUAACCGCUGUUGGGUUUUGUUUUAUGUGUUAACAAGAGGUGAUAAUUUCGGAAGUCAAAAAAUGUACUUAAUAUAUUUUUUUAAUUGUUUUAGUUGAGACAUUGUUUUCUUUUUAUUACAAAUACAGUAAUAGUUCUUUUUUAAGUUUUUUUUUUUGUUUUUAUUUUCGUUCCUUUAAGCGAACAACUUUGUCGGAUGCGUGCUAUUAUUUAUUUGCCAUAUUUAUUUUUCCUUAUUUUGUAAAGUGGUAUUUAUUUUUUUACUGUUGCAACUUUAUUUCGUAAAUAAACACUAUUACAGCUUUA